CCAACUUGGCUAUGGGAGAGGUUGGCUGUGGUCCUGUGCUGUCAAAUCUGAGCAUCAUGAGGAAUUAGAAGGAUCUCACAACCCCAAACAACUUCAUGAAUAAAAUCUGUCGCCCAGGCAUCCUGCAGGAGCUGACUCAUCCUUGGAAGGCAACUGACUAGAGUCCUCUCUGAAGAAGUUGAUGGUUCUAGAACCGCUUGGCCCUUCUAUCUUGUUAGGAAAGUCCCCAACACCAUCCCCUAGCAACGAGUGAACGUGCAUUUAUGAUGCUGGAAGAAUCCGUUUUGGAACACUGGGGAGCAGUGCAAAGAGUCAUCAGGAUAAGCCCAUGUAUUUUGGGUCCUCUGAACAGGCGUAAGAUGAAGCAAGGUGAUUGCACAAGGAAGCAAACCAUCCAAGUGUCAAAAUGAAAAGGGGGUGGUGAAGGGCCGCCAACCCAACUCCAUUGAGAGCACCACUUGGUCUUCUUGCAAGCCUGCAAAUGGCUUCUAGGUCAACAAAGAUGCCUGACAACUUCAAUAUAUACCAUCUACUCAAGGGUGCCCUUCCCUUGGAGAGUUCGGACGAGGCAAUGGACAGAUCCGACGACGAGACAAACCCCCAAUACCAAGGACUAACUGGUCUGCGGAACUUGGGCAACACCUGCUACAUGAAUGCUGUCAUACAGUGCCUCUGCAGUGUUUCCCCGCUGGUGGAAUAUUUCCUCUCUGGAAGGUAUACAGCAUCGCUAAACAAGGAGGAUGGAGAGAUAGCGACUGCUUUUGCUUAUUUGAUGAAUGAUAUGUGGCUGGGGGACUUUGACUGCGUGUCCCCAGAGGUCUUCCGAUUGGUCAUUGGUGAGCGAUAUCCAGCUUUCAUCAAGAAGACGCAGCAGGAUGCCCAGGAGUUUCUGAUUUAUGUCUUGAAUGAGCUGCAUGAAGCUCUCAAGAAGACAAGUAGGAGAAGAAACCAGGGGACCUCAUCGUCUGUUUGGGAAUCCAGGGGCUGCGUCGGCGAGUCCUCCAUAAUCACCCGGCUUUUUGAAGGACAUCUCAGUUAUGACAUCAUGUGUUUGGAAUGCCAAACGACGACCUACAAAAACGAGAUCUUCACCGUAUUAUCUCUUCCCAUCCCUUACGAAACUGAAUGCUCGCUAGAGGAAUGCCUUGAAUGCUUCUUUCAGCAAGACAUCUUGACUUGGAACAACCAAAUUAACUGCUCCUGCUGUGGGAUAAAGACAGAUGCUGCUGUGAGAGCCAGCAUAGCGAAGGCGCCAAAAAUAGUUAUCUUCCAUCUAAAGAGGUUUGACUGUCAAGGCAGUUAUAAAAAGAAACUGAAAACUGACAUCUACUAUCCGUUAAAUAACCUGGAUUUGUCCUCUUACAUAUAUCCACUCUUUCGGAAAAACCCAAAAUACAGCUUAUUUGCUGUGGUGAACCAUUUUGGAGAUCUGGAUGGUGGCCACUACACUGCGUACUGCAAACACCCUCCCACCCAAAGCUGGUACAACUUUGACGACUCUCAGAUCAGCGAGAUCCCAGACCCUUCUGUGCAAACGUCUGCAGCUUAUCUGCUGUUUUACAGCAGUCAAACUUUCUCUGUGCCGGUAAAAAACCAAAAUGGCUAGGAAACGCACUGAAAACCAUCGCGUACAUAGGAUGCAGUGGUACUGUUAGCAAACGUUUCCUGACCCGGGCCGGCCAGGUUUCGAGUCAUCCUUAAGGAAGAGGAACCACAUUUCCUAAUGCCUGCGUUCAGGCUGUAACGUGGUAUUUAAAAAUGGGAUUGUGAACAGCUUCUCCCUUCAGCGAAAAGACAGGUGCCAGACACGGACUCAUUUUCAGUAAGCUUUCGGAGAAAGCAACAAACCGCUAGAUAAAUAAAGUCUUCCUGGGCAGCCAGAGUCUAAAGGAGUGUUGUUUUUUUAUUCUUAUUACAGAAUCCAAGAUGAAAUAUAAUUUUAAAUGGGUUAUAUACAUAUGCAUAUAUGUAGCAGACCUUUGAGACCCAGGGACACAGACCCACAAGCCUUAAAAGGGGGCACAGACACUCAAAACAAGUUAUUAUUAAUAAGCUGGACCAAUUAUGGCCCUGUCAGGAGGAGAGCUAAUGACAGCAGGCAGUGACUGCCUUCAUCCACUCAAGUUGUACCCAGUGUAAGGCUCACGCAGGGCAACA